UCGAGAGAUGGCGGAGGAUGAGGACGGGGAGCGGUCGGGCCCGGGGUCGGGGCCGGGGAGGGGCAGCCUCAGCCCGGGGAGCCCCAGCCCGAGCCCGGGGAUACAGGGGCCCGGGCCCGGUCCACGCACCGUCCGCAUCGUCAAGGCCGACAGCGGCUUCGGCUUCAAUGUCCGCGGGCAAGUGAGCGAGGGCGGGCAGCUCCGCGGCAUCAACGGACAACUGUACGCGCCCCUGCAGCACGUUAGUGCCGUGUUGGUGGAUGGAGCAGCGGAGACGGCCGGGGUCAGGCGGGGGGACCGGAUCCUGGCCGUCAACGCAGUGAAUGUGGAGGGUGCAACACACAAGCAGGUGGUGGACCUGAUCCGGGGAGGUGAGCGGGAGUUGCUGCUCACCGUGCUGUCCGUGCCCCCACACGAGGCCGAGAGCCUGGACGCAGCAGACGACUCGUCUGGCCACUCCUUCUGCGACUACUCCGAGAAGCAGGCCCUGCCCAUCUCCAUCCCCAACUUCAAGCACGUGGAGCAGGCCGGUGAGAGGUUUGUGGUUUACAACAUCUACAUGGCAGGCCGCCAGCUGUGCUCCAAGCGUUACCGGGAGUUUGCCAUCCUUCACCAGAACCUGAAGCGGGAGUUCCCUGACUUUGCCUUCCCUCGACCGCCGGGCAAGUGGCCCUUCUCCCUGUCAGAGCAGCAACUGGACGUUCGACGGCGGGGCCUGGAGGAGUACCUGGAGAAAGUCUGUUCCGUGCGUGCUAUCGGUGAGAGCGACAUCGUGCAGGAAUUCCUCUCCGAGUCCGAUGAGAACUUCAAUGGGGUCUCUGUUGUGGAGCUGCGGGUUGCCUUUCCUGACCAGACCACCGUGACGGUAAAGGUAAAGAAGAACGCUACCACCGACCAGGUGUACCAGGCUGUUGCCUCCCAGAUCGGCAUGGACAGCAUCACAGCAAACUACUUUGCUUUAUUCGAAGUGGUCAACCACUCAUUCGUGCGUAAGCUAGCGCCCAACGAGUUCCCGCACAAACUCUACGUCCAGAACUACACGUCUGCAGCCCCGGGCACCUGCCUCACCGUCAGGAAGUGGCUCUUCACCACUGAAGAGGAGGCGCUCCUCAACAACAGCCCUCUGGCCCUCACCUACUUCUUCCACCAGGCUGCCGGAGGCGUUAAACUGGGUUCCAUCAAGCCCAACGAUAAGACCAACCAGCUACAGAGGAUGGCAGAACAGCGUAAGAUGGUCACGUACCUGGACGUGGCGCGGGACUGCGAGGGCUACAACGAGAUCGUCUUCCCGCACUGCGCCUGUGACUCACGGCGUAAGGGGCACGUGGUCGCCACCAUCAGCAUCCGGCACUUCAAACUCCUGGCCUGCACUGACAACGGGGACCUGGAGGACCAGGUGAUCAGCUUUGAGUGGGACGAGAUGCGACGAUGGGACACUGAUGAGGAGGGGAUGGCCUUCUGCUUCGAGUAUGCCCGUGGGGAAAAGAAACCUCGUUGGGUCAAGAUCUUCACCCCCUACUUCAAUUACAUGCACGAGUGCUUCGAGCGGGUCUUCUGUGAGCUGAGGUGGCACCAGGAGGUCGAGGAAGAAGCUACAGAUAAGGACAACAAGAACUGCAAUGGGGACAAUAUCUGCAGCAAGAACAUCUUCCAGAUCCUGCGUUCCCAGCGGACCUGCGAUGGGUCCUAGCGCUCCCGCCCGAUCACCAGGAGGGGAGCGGAGACCGGCAUCGCCCUCAUCUCCAGCCCUCCCGUCCGUCCUGCCCUGGAUGUCUGUCGGAGAUGGUCUCUGGUCCAACAGGAGCGCUGGUGGGAGGAGAGGAGACAGUGGCCAGGUGUUGGUUGUGUGGCGGGCAUUCUGUGGGCUGGGAGCCCGCAAUCUCUCUCCCUCUCCCCCUCCCUCCCUCCCUCCCUCCCUCCCUCCCUCCCUCC